AUGCCGUCACUGGUUGUAUUCGGACGACGUUGGAAUAUUGCAAGCGAUGAUUUUGUUUUUCCGUCGUUAUCCGAAACAUUGCUUUUGUGGGGAAGAAAUGAAGCGAUGCGUGCAGCGCUCAAUGAUAUCGCCGUGCUGACGUCAUCAUUUUUUGCUGAUGUUGAUCUGGUGGCAUCCGAUAUUUUGGCCGGUCUUUUGUUGCUUGUUCAUGCACCUCAUCAACUACCUCCUGCUACCACUCAUACACCCGGAACUGAGGUAUUUUUUGAUCAAAAACUUCCGACAAACAAAUUUUUCUUCCCAAAAUUCAUCGUCAUAUUUGAUGCCAUGAUACUUGAAAUAGCUGCUAGUUCGGUACUGGAUUGUAUUUGGAACGCAGAAUCAUGCUAUUUUUUCUUUUUUCAUUUCAUAAUUGCAUUGACCAGUGCUGCUUUACCUGAUGGUCAGCUUUUUGGCAAUCCUAACUCACGAGGCAAAAUGAGCGUGGUACAAAGAUUGUCUGUGGAUUGCGUGUAGGC